AUGGUCAAGCGGUCCGGUGGCUCCUCCUUCAUGGCCUCGGCCUUCGUCUUCCCCGGCGGCCAAGUGGAGCUGUCCGACUUUGACCACCGCUGGUACGGACUCUUCUCUAGGCACCUCGGCCUCUCCGAGGAGACGGUAAACAGCAGCGUCAGUGAUGAGAUUGUCGGACCGAGGCCGCCCAUUGUACGGCAGUCGAUUACACUGAGGAAGCACACCGCUGGCACUCCGGUGCUCAAUCCGGACAUUGCACUGCGCAUUGCCGCCAUACGGGAGACUUUUGAAGAAGCCGGUAAGUACUUUCGUAGCAUUCUUCUGCUCACUUCAAGCAGACAACCUCAAAACAGCAGCAACAGCCGACUGACGUCUGCCGUUGAGCUGUCGCCUUCAGAUCUGAGUGAGUGGCAACUGCGCGUCCGCAACGACUCCUCUGCCUUCCUCGAGCUGUGCGACACUCUGCAGCUGGUGCCCAACAUCUGGGCGUUGUACGAGUGGUCAGACUGGCUGACGCCGGUCAGCGUCGGCCACCGCCGCUUCGACACCAUCUUCUACGUGGCCUGUCUCGCCGGGCGGCCGGUGGUGCGCGUCGACAAUGCCGAAGUGACCAAGCCCAUUGUGAAAAUGAUUACGACUACCUGCCAAUUCAGCCCGUGA